GGUAAAUUGUGUCCAUCUCGGUAGAGGUAAUGGCAGAGUAGCUCAAUAGUUUCAGCUAUUAACGCAUUUGAAUGGCCGACUGUAGGUGAAGUUCCUCCUACCUGCCUGUAAUGCCGACAGCUUGUAAGACACUAAUGCGGAUAAUGAUUUGGCGCGGAGCCUUGGGUGGAUUUGGGGGAAGUUCAGUCACCAGUUGAGGAUAGUUUGGGAGCUUACCGUACAUCACUCUGGUAUGCAAAUGGAAUAUCUGCAUUCUUGCGCUUUAAAGUGGUUGAACCGGUUGUCCUACCAAGUAGUGUAACGCACGGUUGUACAAAUGGGGAAGCAUGAAACUCAGACGCUUGAAGAGCAUUACUCAGAUAUAUACCACACGCUGGCCAAGCGCAGGAACCUCAGACAUAUUGUGCUCUAGUGUACAAUGAGAAGGAGUCUCUAGCAGAGCUUAUAUUCACACCAAGCUCGACUAAUAAGUGCACAAGAGGACAUUUUUAAAAUGGACUCCCACGGGUCUUCAGUGGACCACGGCUAUUCACAGGCGAGUGGUGUGGAGAAGGUGUCUAGUGGCUGGCAUAAGCCCACUCAUUCCAGGAGUAGCAGCACAGCAUCCUCACGCCACUCACGGCUGAACAUUAAAGACUGGGAAGUAAUGGAUGACUUUCCAGUAGAUAUAAACUUCACUGGAGAAAACAUGCAGGAUGCGAAUACUCCAGGAAUCUGUGAAGGCUACUUGAUGAAGAGGAGAAAAUGGCCUCUUAAAGGCUGGCAUAAGAGAUACUUUGUCUUGGAUAAAGGGGUCCUACGAUAUUCAAAAAACCAACAUGAUUUUUCCAAAGGGAAAAUGCACGGUUCACUGGAUGUCAGUCUCGCAGUUAUGUCAGUAAACAAAAAAGCAAGACGCAUAGAUCUGGAUGCUGGAGACAAUCUGUAUCACAUGAAGGCCAAGACUCAGGAUUUAUAUUACAUAUGGGUCACCAAGCUGAGUGCCCACAGGAUGUAUAAGAAGAACGAAGCUGCGCACAUUCACAAUGGCUUCCUCCAGGCCCUGUCCCACGGCAGUCAUUUAUCUCACAAAAACAGUGCCAUGCAGGACAUGGGCACGUCAGUGUCUUAUGCGGGUGAAAACUUGCCAUGUGUCAAUCCUGCCAUUAAUGGAAAAGUGUCAGCUUGGCUACAGUCACAAGAACCUGACAUAUGUGCACAAGAGCUUACCCGUUGUCAAGUGGAGCUGAAUGAGCUGCAACGGCUGGUCCAAAAGUUGCAAUCUUUAGAGACGGGCCAAGUGGUCAAUAAUGGAGACCUCCAGAGGAUUAUCAGCAUGCAGAAUCUUCUUCUUGACAAGCCCAAGAAGAAGUCUGGCAAGAUUUGGGGUCAUUCUCGCACACUGUCUCGAGUUGAGGCUCUUGGAAUGUUGUCAUCAAGCCAACUGAACAGUUCUUCCCACCUGGGAACCUCUGUCCCCUCCAUCCCCGAUUAUGUCUGCACCCAGGCGACCCCAUCAGCCUCCACCUCAUUAGAAGGCAAGAGACUCCACCAAGACAUCUGCUCCAUGUCCCAGAAAGUCCAUGCCUCUCUGCGUACUGCACAUGAGGCUCUCGCUCAGGAGCGCCAACGGCUGCAGGACGCCUGGUCCAGCAGGGAGCUUCACCACACUACCUCUGCCCAGAUCAACAACCUCUGCAGCCUGGCUGAGUUAGAUGUUAACUCCCGUCAUACCCAAAUCCACAAACUCUCGGUGUCCUCCAACUCCUCAGAAGAGUCCUUCCGUACUGUGCUACAAAGGAAGUCUGGCUCAGGCCGUAGUUCGUCUAUUCGUGCGCCCUCGGUGGCUGACUCAGCGGCGGAGUAUUUUGACGCAUGUGAUGAACUUAUGUGUGCGAGCUCUUCUGAGAUGUCAGAUGAGUCUGGUCUGAGUGAUGGAUCCAGUAAUUCAGAGCCUGAUGAGGCUCAUGCAAUGGCUUCACGCAAAUACCGUGCCAGCCUUUCAAAGGCGCCACCAAAAUUGAACAUCAUCAAGAGCACCGGACGCCGUACUAGUCUGCCUGCAGUCUGCCCUGACAACAGCCACGUUGGUUUGAUGACUAUCCUCUACAACAACAUAGGGAAGGAUCUGUCCCGUGUCUCCAUGCCAGCUGCUCUGAAUGAACCUGUGUGCCUGCUGCAGAGACUCUGUGAGGAGCUGGAAUAUUCUGACCUACUGGACACUGCCAAUCAUACCGAUGACCCCUACCAGAGGAUGGUUUAUAUUGCUGCUUUUGCCAUAUCUGGCUAUGCCACGGCUCAGUUUCGCAACCGUUACAAACCUUUUAAUCCAAUCCUGGGAGAGACAUUUGAGUGUAUCAGAGAGGACAGAGGCUUCCGCUACAUUAGUGAGCAAGUUUCCCAUCAUCCACCCAUAUCUGCGUGUCAUGCAGAAUCAGACAAUUUCAACUUCUGGCAGGACCAGAGAUGGAAGAACAAGUUUUGGGGCAAAUCUUUGGAGAUCAUGCCAACAGGGAUGGUGAAUGUGACUCUAAAAAAAUAUGGGGACCACUAUGAAUGGAACAAAGUGGUUACAUGCAUCCACAAUGUCCUCAGUCAGCAGCGAUACCUUGAGCACUAUGGCGAAGUCGUCAUUCGCAACCUGAACAGUUCGGUCUGCACCUGCAAGAUCACAUUUGUCAAGUCACGUUACUGGGGUUCAGAUGGUUCCAAAAACGAAGUGCAGGGACAAGUUCUUGACGAGACUGGAAAUGUUGUCCAUCGUUUUGGUGGAUUUUGGCAUGAGGGGAUCUUCUGUGACACCCUGCCCAAUCCACAGUGUGUCUGGAAGCCAAAUCCACAGCCCAAGAACUACUUGCUUUACUAUGGCUUCUCUAGCUUUGCAAUGGAGAUGAAUGAGCUGAUCCCUGACCUUAAGGCCCUGCUGCCCCCUACAGAUACACGCUUGCGCCCUGACCAAAGGCUUCUUGAGGAAGGGAAAAUACAGGAGACUGAUAAAAAGAAGGAUGAGAUAGAGGAAAAGCAAAGAGAACGGAGGAAAAUUCUGGCCAAGAAAGGAGAGGAGCACAUUCCUCGCUUCUUCAGAAAAUCUUUGGAUGAUGCUGGAAGAGAAGUUUGGCUGUACAAUGGAACAUAUUGGAAGAUAAGGGAGAAUCCUGGAUUUUCCAACGUUAAAAACCUGGAUUUAUGGUGAAGAACAAAGAGUACAGCAACACUGUGGACACUAAAUCCCUGUGAUUUAAAUUCAGUUUGCACAGUUUUUAAAAAGACUAUACAAACUUGGAGCUUUUGGGAGCAAAGAUGAAUUGCCAAGGAUUUUCAUACUAAACUAAAUCCAUUGAGCAAGGAUGAAGCUUUUACCAAACGGCAACAGGAGGGAUACAUUUUGAACAUUUCUAUUUAUUUUAUGGUUGAGGACACUGAAACUUGGUGGACAGUUUGACCUUGUCUUACACUUUGGAUAAAAUAUAUAAGCCAAAAGGUAAUUGUCAAUGUAUUCGAGUUCUGGAAAAAUGUUUAGUUUUAACAAUUGCACACGCACAUUUCUAUGGACAAUGUUAAUCAUUACCUUUCAGUUCAAGUACUUAUGUGCCAGUGGAAACAACAAGAGUCUGGAUAAAGAAAAUGGAUUAUUUGAUGAUGUGUAAUAUACAAGGGUCACCAGUUCAUAAAAGGAACAUUAUUUCUCUUGCAAAGCCAUGGCUCAACCUGAGCAGGAUUUGUCAGUAAAUGGAUUAACUCUAAUUUGGGCCCUCAUUGACUUGUACUAAAGGAGAUUCCUGAAAUCUGUCCUCGGCACUCUUAGAUUGCACAUCUUUUUUUUUUUUUUUUUUUUUUCCCCCGUUUUUUUUUUUGUAACCAAAUGUAAGCUUUUAAUUUUAGUCAAUGAUAUUAUAUUUAUUGGCAUUUAAGAAUGAAUUAAACUCACAGUUUGAAAUGUGACAUCAGGAACAACCAUUUCGUGUAGGCCUGGAUGAACAAAAUCAGUGUACAAAUCAGUCAUGACUUGCAUAGCUAGUUAAAACAGCAAUGAAAUGUACAUAUCAAAUAUUAAAGAAUAGAAAAAAAUCAAUUUAGUAUACUUCAGUCUUUAUUACAUUUAGAAUGAAUCAAAAACAUCAUUUAUUAUUAUAUACAGUAUUUGACAGCUGUGUCAGAGGCUCGUGUGCUUGGCUGAGGAAACUUACUAUAGAGCACCACUUAUUAUUGGUAAUAUUUUUAUUAAUUGUUGCUUUUAACUCAACAGAUAGACAAGGAUGGUGCCAGAAAGAACGUAACCUAAAAAGGUUCUUUAAAAGACCUGCCAUUGACACUCUCAAAGAGAUGAGGAGCAUAAUGUCCACCAGGGGUCAGCCAAAAACAUGGAUUGAUUGCUAAUAUGACAGCAAAUGGCAAGUUGUUCAGUAUUUUCAGUGCACAACAACAGUAACUAAGGUUUCAGUGCAUUUCGGUGUAUAAAAAGAAACUAAACACGAGCAUUAAUUACACAUCUUUUAAAUUAACAUAGAAACACUUUAAUUGCACUUUAAAAUACAAGUUUGUUCUGUAACAUUUAUUGUCAGUUAAAUAAUAUUGUUGCUAUCUCGUGUAGCCAUUUUAUUUCAUUUUAAAUCUCUUAACUAACAUUAAUAAACCCAUAAACAAAGUAAUUCCUUCAAAUUAUCACAUUUGUAGAAUAUUACAAAUUGUCCACCAUCUAAAUUGCAUGGUAUACAUUAAAUAACCAAGUAUUAUAUCUGGCAAUGGCUUUUUAAUACAGUAAUGGCAUUUUAAAAUAAUGCAGUCUAAACCAUAUUACGCUUAUUUCAUUUGGUUUUGCAUCAAAAUACAUAUAUGAAAGAUAAUCAGAGGCAGUUAGAGUCAAAAUUGCUGACUUUAAAAAAAAAAAAAAAAAAAACUAAUACCAUGUUGGUUUUUGCAGCAUAUUACAAUUUCUCGGAAACAUGAACACAUCGAUGGAAAUGAAUUGUUACAAAGAAUCAUUAUUUUUAAUUGUUCUAUUUUACAAGUAAUACGAAUAGAGGUGGUUUCAUAUUAGGACACAGCCCAUACGCAAUUGUCUGUGUUCAUAUCUGCGUGUGUGAUCUGAAAGACGCACAAAGCUUCUAUGAAUUGACAGUUCUGAGAGCUCACUGGCUUCCGGUGUGUCCAAGAAGUCCCUGGACUGUCUUCUGCAGUGGCAUCUUGUCACCCACUUAUCUGUCUGAGGUCAUUCUCACCUUUGAAUGCCAGCGGUGCCUGAUAGGCUUAGACUGAAGGCUCAUUCUUCCUCUGUGUCACUGACGUCUGUGUGUGGGCUGUCUGCAUGUUACUAUGUUGUUUGAAUAAAGAUGAUGUAUACUCAGUCUGAA